AUGAUCUCAGGUAUGAGAUGUCUACGACACUCUAGAAGGACACUUGCACAGCUUUCGACUAUCAAACCACCGAAACAUAUUAGCAAUGAAGCCGUUAAAACCUUUUCUCAAAAGGAUACAUCCGAUUGGGACCUUUUACGGGCGUCGCUCUCGAAAUUCAACAAUGCAUCGCUGGACAUUCCGCUAGUGAUCAACGGCAAGCGGUUUUUUUACAAUGAGGGAGGCCGCGAGAGUUUCCAACAGACCAAUCCUGCCAAGCAUUCGCAAGUGCUUGCGAAUGUGACGAUGGCGACGGAAAAAGACGUUUUGAGCGCGAUACAGGCUUCCAAACAGGCCAAGCAGAAUUGGUUAAAACUUCCCUUUUAUGACCGGGCCGCCGUGUUUCUCAAAGCUGCUGACCUCAUUUCGACCAAGUACCGCUACGACAUGCUUGCUGCGACGAUGUUGGGGCAGGGCAAAAAUGUGUUCCAAGCAGAAAUCGACUGUAUCACCGAAUUGGCCGAUUUUUUCAGAUUUAACGUCAAGUACGCCUCGGAAUUGUAUGCGCAACAACCUAUCGAGUCCACCCCCGGUGUCUGGAAUAAGGCUGAGUACCGUCCUCUGGAAGGUUUCGUGUAUGCAGUGACGCCGUUCAAUUUCACGGCGAUCGCCGGUAAUUUGGUGGGCGCGCCUGCUCUAAUGGGGAAUACCGUGGUUUGGAAACCAUCUCAAGCUGCGUGUCUAUCUAAUUACCUUCUCUUAACCGUCCUCGAAGAAGCAGGACUACCUGCGGGCGUGAUCAAUUUCAUUCCGGGCGAUGCGGUCCAAGUGACCCAAAAGGUGUUGGCCGACCGCGAGUUUGGUGCACUUCACUUCACGGGUUCGACAUCCGUUUUCAAGCAAUUGUACGGUGCAAUCCAAAAGGGUGUUGCCACAGACGUUUACAGAGAUUAUCCCCGCAUUGUGGGCGAAACUGGUGGUAAAAAUUUCCAUCUGGUACAUGCGAGUGCAAGCAUGCCACACGCGGUUUUGAGCACUUUGAGAGGCGCGUUUGAGUUUCAGGGCCAAAAAUGCUCUGCUACGUCCCGGUUAUACAUACCGCAGUCCAAGAGCACCGAAUUUUUGCAAGAUCUCGUAGGUACAGUGAGUACUGUAAACCCUGUGAACACUUCUGCGUCUCAAAUCAACGGUGGAGACUUGCAUGGCUUUUUCGGCCCUGUUAUUCACGAGCAAAGUUUUGACAAACUCGCCAAAGUCAUUGAGGACGCCAAGGCAGACUCAGAGCUGGAAAUUCUUUACGGUGGGGAAGUCGACAAAUCAAGCGGAUGGUUCAUUACGCCUACAAUCAUCAAGACCACCAAUCCGCUGCACAAAUGCAUGUCUACUGAAUUUUUCGGUCCCAUUUUGACCGUGUACGAAUAUCCAGACGAGCAAUUCGCGGAGAUUUGCACCACGAUCGACGAGACGGCCGCAUAUGGGCUUACUGGGUCAGUAUUUGCACGCGACAGGGACGCAAUUCUCGUGGCAGACGAAAAACUCAAGUAUUCGGCUGGCAACUUCUACAUUAAUGACAAAUGCACCGGUGCUGUAGUGGCACAACAAUGGUUUGGUGGUGCCAGAAUGAGUGGAACCAAUGACAAAGCCGGUAGUGGUAACAUUUUGACCAGAUUCGUUAGUAUUAGAAACGUCAAGGAAACUUUUCACGAAUUGACUGAUUUCAAGUAUCCAUCCAACUACGAAUAG